AUGCCAUCCAGCACGCUUACCUCGCCUGAUUCAGCAACCAACGAUGCCGUUCAUGAGCCUUUGCCCUACGCAGCUGAGGAAAUAUGGGCCAUGAUUCUCGCAACCGCACAGGCCGAGGACGAGUGGCUCUUGGUCCCUGACGGGAACGAGAACACUUUCCGAACCAAGUCGUGGCUGCCUAUCGCCUUGAUAUGUCAGAGGUUUCGGAGCAUCAUCACGCCGACUGAGGACAGCCAACGCGCGACCUGCAUCGACCUCACUCUUGAGAAAAUUCGGAGGGUGCUCAAUGUGCCUCCAGGUCAAAGCAUUACCGCCUUCCUCUCAGACGACGCCAAUGCCACUGCCAGCCGAAUCAUGAUAUCGCAGAAAUGGAAAGGCGUACACAAGCUGACCGUGCGCCGUCUCGCGCGGCACACUCAAGAAGAAUUGUUGCUGGCGGAACAAGAGCAAUCUGCUUUCAUGGGCGAAUUCACAUCUUGGUUCCCUCGUGGAUCAAGUUAUCUCCCGGAGUUGCGGGAUGUGAUCUAUCAAUCGGAGCUCGAAGGUGAAGGCGACCCUGAAGUGCAGGACGUUCUCGGCAGCCCUGAAGUACAGGCGGUACUCGACAGCCCUGAAGCGAAGAAGGACGUCUGGACCAUCCCGCAGAUCUUCUCGUCCAGCAGAUCUAGACAGGACGAGCUGCAGUCGGACCAGAGCGACGGUUUCGCUAGCCUUUGCGUGUUGAAGCUCGCAAGCAAGGGCAACUUUCCAUCGUUGAAGCAUAUCGUGUUCCAGUCCACGCGGGAAGGCUCAAGUGACCGAUAUGACGAGCAUUUCAGUGAUGGGCCGAUCGCCUACUGGCUCAAAGCACUCACGCAAGCCUACCCCGAGAUAGAGGUCCACUGGGCGGGGGUUCCUGGGUUGUGGCAGAAUUUGCGAGGUUAUGUACCACCGCUCACCACAUGCUACAGCGCUUCCGACAAACCGCCAGUCCCCCCAGUGCCCCCACACUUUCCGGAAGGUUCCUCAACCCCCUCGCCCCGCUCGAUCCGAUGGAUCAGCUCUGCAACACACGUCGAGGAUGAUGAGAGCUUGAAGGAGGCAAUGUCCAAGCUUCAGACGUCUCUCGCUGCAAUGGGGGAUGAGAGCGUGAGCGAAUUCACGGGGUACAUCGGGGGACUUUGGGGAAGGAGGGACCUGAUCAGCACAGCGGAGGCCGCAGAGUCCGCACUGCGGGAAAAGGCAAAGAAGAAGAAAUGGUCGUUUGCUUUCGCUCACGGUCCGACCGGUCCCUCCACCUAG